UCCAUGUUGCACAGCAGUCUGAAUGGAAUUCAAGAUGGCAGCGCCCAUGAAAAUUUGUCGUGCCUGUUUUUCAAGCUCUCGAAAAUUUCUUUUUGGACCACGUAUCUCAGCAGUUGGCACGCGAAACUUUGCUUCCAAAGAUACAGCUCCGCAGAGUGAAGAUGAAACGCAUUUUGGAUUCGAGAAUGUGUCUAAAGCAGAAAAAACUGAGAGAGUUCAUCAAGUGUUCUCCAACGUUGCCGACAGUUAUGACACCAUGAACGAUGCUAUGAGCCUUGGGAUUCAUCGUCUGUGGAAGGACUAUUUCAUGCAGGCCAUGCUCAAACCAACACCUGGAACCAGACUCUUAGAUGUUGCUGGUGGAACAGGUGACAUAGCCUUCCGCUUCUUGGACUACAUCAACCACCUGAAACAGGAUCCAGAGUUUACAGAGGAGUGGCCGGACGAGAUCAGAUGGUCAGGGUUGGAGACAGGAGAGGAUGCGAUCCAGCGGGGAGAUGGAGACCCAGAGGGGGCGGGGCAAACCGUGCCUGUGGAGCAACAUGUGACCGUGUGUGAUAUCAAUGAGGAUAUGCUGAGGGUAGGAAAGAAGAGAGCUAAGCAGAGAGGCAUACAGAGUGGUAUAUCUUGGGUGUGCGGCAAUGCAGAGGAGCUUCCCAUAGCAGACGACAGCAUGGAUGCAUACACCAUUGCGUUUGGUAUCAGGAAUGUAACAAAUGUAGACCAGGCUCUGGACGAGGCUUACAGGGUGCUCAAACCAGGAGGUCGAUUCCUCUGCUUAGAGUUUAGUGAGGUUCAGAAUUCAUUGCUGAGGAUGGCCUAUGAUAGAUAUUCCUUUGAUGUGAUACCGGUCCUUGGUGACGUCAUUGCGGGUGACUGGAAAUCAUACAAGUAUCUGGUUGAGAGCAUCAGACAGUUUCCAAACCAGAAGGAGUUUUCUGCCAUGAUAGAGGAUGCAGGUUUCAGUUUAGUGAGACAUGAAAACCUUUCUCUGGGCAUUGCUGCCAUACACUCUGGAUUCAAGUUAUAGGACACUAGGAUUAGCACAUUCCUGCUGUGAGUUUUCAGUUUGUCGCAACAACUGUGUUCUUGUGACGAGCGAUGUCACUUCAAGGCAUCUGCAUAUCAAGGAGCUCCGCCUCUAUCUUGCUGCCAACAUCUACCGAAGGAACCAGGAAACAGUUCAGUCUGUGUGCGUUGAUUGCAUUCAUACUUUCACCAAUCUGCUUCUCUAAUUUCUCAGAGACUCGUUUAGAAAUCGAACAAAGAAAAGAGAAUUGCCGACAUCAUAUUGAAAAACAAGUGACACAGCUAACAUAAAGCCCUUUGUCCUGUUUCAUAAAAAAAUGUUUUAAUAAAAAGUUAGAGUAACUGUUAUAAGCUACUAAAAUCAUGGCAUUUGAUUGGCUAAGAGCAAAUUUGUUGUUGCUACGAAUUUUAUGAAACAGGCCCCAGGAACAGUGUUAAACUCAACAAUUAUGACAGAAAUGUGAGUAUUUUACUCAGUUUUCGGCUAAAGCCUUGGUCACAAAUGCCAUUACGAACUGCUACGAACGCUGUACAAACAAUUUUUUUCAGACAAUGGAAAUGCGGGAAGACAAUGGAAAAAUGGAGAUUUGUACAAAUGCAUUGUUCGUACAAACCUUUGUGACCGUAGCUUUAGGUAAAAUACUUGGCCAAGUUCAUUGGUAGAUACUUGAAGCUCUUUUUUUUACCAAGUGUUUUAACCUUAAAAAAUGAAAAACAUUGUUUAUAAAGGAUCAUGUUUUUCCAGCAUCUUUCGGAUGGUGACGUUAAAGGUCGGUCCCAGACGUAAAUAAUCAUAUCUGAUUGAUACACGUAAAACCCCAAUUACACACACACACACACAGCUAUCUACUACAGAUGUGGACAUACAGUUAACAUUAUAGUAAAUAUGCCUUUAUGUUCGCCUAAACCAUUAACCACCUACUAUAUGAUAUAAUAAGGGCUAAAACUAGAAAUUAGCUUUAAUAUAUGCAUCUUAUGAACUGAUUUUCAUAUCAUUCAUUUACAAAAUAUACUCUGCACAAUAGUUAGUUCAAGAAAGUUCCAUAUCUAACUGAAGCCAAUUUAUUUUGGAGGCCUUGAUUGUCAAGCAUGUGGUUUUCAUAGGCAGUCAUUAUAAGCUGUGCAAUAUUAUAUCAGUGCAUAUUACAAUACGAUGCCUGUCACUGCAAAAAAAUUGGAUUGGCUAAGUGAUGUCACAGUGGCUAUUAGUAAGUAUAUUUCCUUAAAGUUGGUUUCGUAAAGUAAAAUACUUAGAUGUGUUCUGAAAUAGACUUGAUCCAUUUUUCUUAGCUAAGCAAAAUGCUUAGUAAAAUACUGACAUAAUUCAAAUAUGGAAUUGAAUAGGGGUUCUGAUCCAGUGAGUUCUUUUGAAGCACUGAUGAAAGAGAAUAUGGGGGGGGGGGUGAUUCACAAAGA